CUAUAAAAUACAUUUGUGAAUGUGUUAGUAAAUUAAAUGGCGACUUGUGAAUAGAGACGUAUUUCAACAAAAUAUCGUUUACAGAGAUUUACAGAACCUAUAAAUAAUUACUGUGCAUAAAAUAUUACACUGAAUAAUCUAAAAUGCGUUCAGUGGUGGAAAUUGGGGCUAGUGUCCCAGCAUUUUUGGGAAAAUUAUGGAAAUUGGUUAAUGAUUCAGAGACCAAUCAUUUGAUAUCAUGGAGCCCUGGUGGGAAAACUUUUGUUAUAAAGAAUCAAGCAGACUUUGCCAGAGAACUGUUACCACUUUAUUACAAACAUAACAAUAUGGCCAGCUUUAUUAGGCAAUUGAAUAUGUAUGGAUUCCAUAAAAUAACAUCUGUUGAAAAUGGUGGCUUAAGAUAUGAAAAAGAUGAGAUAGAAUUUUGUCACCCAUGCUUCAUGCGAGGCCAUGCCUAUCUAUUAGAGCAUAUUAAAAGGAAGAUUGCAAAUCCCAAGUCACUAGUAGCAAGCAAUGAAAGUGGCGAGAAAAUUCUCCUAAAGCCUGAGCUCAUGAACAAAGUAUUAGCAGAUGUAAAACAAAUGAAAGGCAAACAAGAGAGUCUUGAUGCUAAGUUUAGUGCAAUGAAGCAGGAAAAUGAAGCUCUAUGGAGGGAGGUUGCUAUUCUACGGCAGAAGCAUAUCAAGCAACAGCAAAUUGUAAACAAUCUAAUACAAUUCUUGAUGUCCCUCGUGCAACCAACAAGGGCUCCCAACUCAAGCAGCAAUAACGUAGGAGUUAAACGGCCGUACCAAUUGAUGAUAAACAACGCUGCUCACAACUCUGCAAAUGAAAGCGGUUACCCGGGCAAGCUGAAGAAUAUUAAGCUAGACAAAGAUGCCUUGUUGGAAGAAUUGGCAGAUGAUAAUCUGGAGGAUGGACCAACCAUUCAUGAGCUUGCCCACGAUGACAUCUUACACAAUGAAGCAUCCCAGGAUUCGCUGGAUCCAUCUAGAUAUGUGUAUAUAUCUGUGUUGGAUUCUGACAACAACCAAACAUCAAACUCUCGCAAAAACGCUGAUCCAGAACAAUAUCAUGUCACAAUGGAGGAUGGUGAUGACACAGAAGCAGCAAACAAUACAAACAACUACUUGAGGAUACCUGACACUCCACCUAUAGUGUCAUCCCCAUCUCCUACAUUGACGUCACAAUCUCCUGUAACCAACCCAUCUAUAGAACAACUCAUGAACAAUGUAAACACAUCCCCCGGUACAUCCAAAUCAAAGACGAGAAACAGUGGACCGAAAAUUGUGUCAGGGAGUGUAAAGACCUUACUCUCACCCAGCAAUUUCCAUUUAAUACAACCUUCGGCAGACUUCAAGCUCCCCGCUGAAAUAUUUGCAAGCGACGACUCAGUUAGCGAUGCUGGUGUCAAUACAGCCGAUGAAAUAAACACACUUUCAGAGAACAUACUCAGUGGGGAACAAACCACUAAAGAUAAAAUGUUUGGAGGCAUUAAUAUUAAGGUAGAGAAUAAUGGCAAAACAAACAGCAAACUUGCAAAGAAAGCAAAGAAACAUACGGAGGAAAACACAUGCACCUUAAACCUAGCAGACAUUAAGACAGAACUGCAAGAUGAUUUGGAUUGGAGCAAUAUGUCAUUGGCUACCUUGAGCAAUAAUGCCAGUGUCAAUAGGUUACAAGCUAUGUGUAGGAGGGAUAACAUCAGUCAAAAUCGGGAAGAAUUUCCUUCCCACUUUGGAUCAAAUUUACACAACAACAAGAAUGACAUUGACGAUCAUUUAGAUACGAUGCAAACAGACUUGGAUUCACUCAGAGAGCUGCUCAGAAGUGACACCUACUCUUUGGACACCAACACCUUGCUAGGGAUUGAACAAAGUGUAAGACCAGUUUCUCACCAUACCAAAGACAAUCUUUUCGGAUCAGACGAUCCAUUCUAUGGGCUUGCUUACAAUACGUCGGACGAACGGGCUAAGACUAGCAACAAUGCGAAGAAGCUGAAAAGUGAGAUUUCGAAUGUAAGCGGCGACGAAAUUCGCAACCAAAGCCCGUUUAGCGAGGACGAUGCUGAAGGGAAUCAGCUAAUAUCGUAUACAGGGAAUAUUCCAGACUUUGGGGAUAUAAGUAUGCCCGACCUGGACGGCGAGAAUUCCCAGGAGGAGUGCAUGUCGCCGAGUAGCUCUGUGCUCAACACGCCGCAGGUGACGCUCAGCUCGCCCGCCUACCCCGCGCGCCCUUGAACUGGUAACCACCGGAAACGACGGGAAGCGGCCUUUCACGCGCACAUACAGCGAUCGCAAAACAAGUAGUCCAAUCUGAAGUUGCAACAUGCUUUACGCAAGUAGACUAGUAUAAAUACACAAGCCCGACUGAGAUCUGUUUUUGUACAAUGCGCAGCCAUACGCCUUGUGUUCAUGUUGAAGUACUUGUUUUACUCGCACUAUAUACUAUGCGUUUCAAAUGUAAGGAUCAUUGGUAAGGUACAGUAAUCGACCGCACCGCGUGAGUGGAACGCCUUCAGUACCCUCAGUAUGAGAGUUUAAUUCUCACCAACGUUGAUAGUAUUUCAGAGUCGAAACACUUUAGCGUUAAAGUAAAAUAGCCCUUAACUACUUCGUUUUUAUGCUCAAGUAUGUACAUUUAUUCACAGCCAGCGCUCCAAACGGAAAAGGUGCUAAAUUAAAAUCAAUGGCACUGAAUUUUUGACUUUAAAGUUUAAACCAAGUGACUUUAGAUCCAUUUUACUUUGACGUUAUUUUGUUUCGACCCUCGAAUACUAUCGAAAUUGGUGAGAAGUAAAAUCUUAUACUAAAGGUAGGUACAGGUCACAGCGCGCAUAGUUCGUCAUUUCAAAUAAUGUCAGGGUUUUCACAGUUGAAACGCAUAGUAGGUAUAGAACUAUAUUGAUGCUAAUUCGGACUACACAAAUCUCGUGACUAAAACACUGAGUACAAUCCAACUGGCAGGUUAGCAAAUGUCAUUAUAAAAAAGUUUAGUUUUGAGAUUUGUGUUCAACCGAAUGAGCUCUAUUGCUCGUCGAAUAAUUUAGCAUAAGUAGGCGUGUUCACACCGAACACGACUGUAAAGUCUGUUCACUAACAUAAUGAUUGAAAAUACAAACAUGAAAAAAGUUACCUAACUUUUGUUUAUUUUUCAUGUUUGUAUUUUAUUCCAAUAACCAUAAGAAUAAUAUAGUCUUAGACAAGAAAACAUUUAUUUAACAAACAAUAAAUUAAUAAAAUAAAAGGAAAAUAAUAAGUGCUUUUGCGGGUUUAGCGACACUAUGUUAGCGAACAGACUUUACGGCAUACAGUGACCGGUUUCUUUGGCUGACGAAAUGGUGCUCGAGGGAAUUUCUACCGCGCGGGUGAACGCAAUUGGUUGAUCAGUCUGUUCUGGUUUCCCGCGUUGCUUUCGUUUUCUCCCGCUACACAGUUUUAGCUCAAGAUAUUUGCCGGUCACUGUAUGAGACGUGAACUUGCCUCAGGGUAGUUCGGCUAAGGUUUAAGCCAAUAUGCGUCUGAACAACCCUGAGGCUUUUGGCUUGCGAGGCUACCGUCCGAUGUGGAACGCCAAAUAGAAUUCACGUAUUUUUUUUCUGAACUGAUUAAUUAGUUUGUAUAGCGUAGUAUUUCGUUUACUCGUAUUUUUUAAAAAUUGUGUUGCGUAUAUACUAUCGUGUUAAAAAUACGCAAGUAUUUCUGGUAUAUCCUAUAUUUCAAGCUUAGUUAUCAAACGUGGAUCGGUUCGAUUACAUGCGAUAUAACUUUUAGACCGAUAAGAGUGGAUACGCAUUUAAAAAUAUUUAUUAUUUUAUUCCAUUAUAAAAACAUAAUAGGUAUAUUAAAUGUAUCUACCAUCUGAUAGAUAUUUCACUUGUGGUUCUAUAGAAUUUUUAUGGCGAUUGAAAUAGUGGUAUAAUAGCUUCUUUUGCUGUUUUGGUGCCUUAGGCGUAACGCACACCGGCAGAGCCGAGACGCGGUGUCUUUUUUUGAUGACAACUCAAACUAAGCUUUAUUUCUUUGGCGUAAGGGCGGCGUUGCGCUUGUUGUUUUAUAUUACAUUGCAAAAUAUUUCAGAUACCAGGUUGGUAUGUCAAAGUAUAUAAAGCUGAAUUUAGAUGUUUAUCAAAAUGACUACUUCAUUCCACUCCGUCUGUCUGCGUUUGCCCUUAAUCUCGAAUCUCUUACGCGUGAUUCAUAUUUUUAUACGAUUCAUAAACAGGUUAUUUGACAGUGUGGCCAAUUUUGUACACAAUCUUUAAACUAAAAUGACAAGCUCUAAAAUGUUGCUAUCAAUUUCAUAAUGCUGCUUCAGGAAAACGUAGCACAGGUUUAGACCUGUCAAUUUGGUUUAGUGGCUGUGUAUAAUAAAUUGGCCACAAUAUUGUAUCAGUCGCGCAUUUUUGUCAUCCCGGUACAUUAUACAUAGCAGUGUAUUAUUAGUGGUAUAACUCGUGCCAUCUAUACAAGUAGAACGAUUUCAACUCUUGUAAAACUUUUCGUUCGUUUUAUCAUCGACUGUGAAUUGGCAACUGUGAAUUUUAACAAGUUUAUUUACUUUAUUUCUCUUCGUUAUUAUUUAUUUGGAGGAAAAACUAAUUUCAAUCGUGAUUUUAUAAUAUGCUUGCCAGUGUAGAUAAAGCCUCCUAGUGUAAGUGCUUUUCAAAUUUUUGUUCCAAGCUAGCUAUACCUACCUAAAGUGAAAUCGUCAAAGUUUGAGAUAGGACAUGUUGCCAGUUCACAGUCGGUAUAGAGAAAUAAACCGUAAUAUAAAUACAAUUACUCUUCAUUCAUUCAUUCAUUCAUCAACACCAACACUCCAGCACUAUAUUUACCUACAAGUCCACUGAAUGUUGGCAUGAGUCUGCUCUGGGUCAAAUCCAAAACACUAGUGAUCCAAAAGAUUGGUGCUCGGGCUCCUAUUACGCUCUCUUGCCCUGGUAACCAUUUAGAUAUUUUAUGAUUUAGAUUCAAGGUAUAUAAAACAAUUUGGGCAGCUUUUUAUACAAAAAAGCGAACAAUAAGUAUCUUUUGACUGUUUUAUUUUUGGCAUUUGUCAUAGCAGAGUUCAAAAGAAUCACUUAAGAUUUAGUUGGUAUUUCAGUUGUGAAAAAUCUCAAAUUCUAUUAAUAAAAUAGGUAGGUACCGAAACUUGUGUAGGGAAUGUUAUUUUUCCUUUUAAACCACUUACGAUGAAGAAUAAGAACAAAUUCAGUUUAAACUAGAUUUAGAAUGAAGUUAUCAUUUGGUUGUCAAUCUCUAAAUUGACAGGCCAAUCAGGACAGAAAAUUAAUUCAAUCUCAUUCUACGGAACACAUGGUUAAUUCUGUUGUACACAGUCUAAACGUUUCACUGACAGUUAUUUUAUUGCUAUCUCUUUCAUGAUACUUCUUCCGAAAAAGUUUAGCACUAGAUUUAGAUCUGUCAAUUUAGUUUAGAGUUUAAGUACAACAUAAUUAGCCACGUUGUAAAAUACAAUACUGUCAAUUUAGUUUAGAGAUUAUGUACAAUCAAUUAUACUAAUAAUAUUACAUUAGUCUAUUGACUAAUCUGAGGUUGAGAAUGAGAUCCAUAGAGCGCACUUUGACUUUGCUUAGACCCAAGACACUGUCAAAACCAGACAGCGCUAAUACUUCUGACAUAAAAACGUCUCGUUUUAAGGUGGAUGCGACGGGUCUGCCCGCAAAAUUGUACUGCUAUUGGCGCAAUUAAAGUGUCAUAAGGCUUCUUUGUCGUAUUAAUUUACAAAUUGCGAAAAACCAAAUUAAAUCAUGUACCUUAACUGAAGCUUUAGUCUGAGAAAAGUCAAAGUACGCUCUAUAGAUAUGAGCCUUAUAUUGUAUGAUCGAUCUUCGUAAAACGCGUGAUCUCCGUGAAUAUCUACAAAAUAUUUAAAAAAAUAAAAUUGUUAUCAACAGACUGUAAUUGAAUAAUUAAUUGUUUUUAAAUACAUCACAACAAAUUGAAAAUAAGGCAAUGUGGCUAAUUCGGUUGUACUCGAUCUCAUAACUUAACUAAAUUGCUAGAUUUAAGUUUAGUGCUCUCCAUUUCUAUAGAGAGCAUAAUGAAAGGGUUAGCAAAAAAUUGAGGCCUGCCGUUUUAGUUUAGAGAUUGUGCAAUUAACUCGACAGAAUUACUCACAAUGUGGCUAAUUCUGUCGUAAACUAAAACUAAGGUCUAAAUACAGGGUGUAACCACAACGCUAGCAAAAAUACUACCUUAGCAAAAUACAGCGCCGAUAACCAUUUGCCUUAUUUUGUAGUUUUAGUAUUUUUCAAACCAACCGGCAUUUAGUGACAGCGAAUAGUCCUUCCUGUUUUGUAUUAUGUAUAGCGUGCAAAAUUCGGGUCAAUGUCCCACCCUACGACGUGGCAUUGACUUCGAGUGACCUGUUUACGGAACGUUCGUUUAUUUCUAGCGUCAGUCAGAUGUUUUAUUUGCAAUACAUAUAUUGUGAACUUUAAAAAAAAUACAGAAUUUUUAAUCUUUUUUUUCGUACUUUUUAUGGUAUCUUAUCAAUAAUCAUCCAUACUAUCAGCUGUCUUCGUUUUUGCAAGCGUUCUGGUUACACCCUUAUAAUGCUAUUCCUUUUCAUAAUGCUCCCUGCGGAAAAGGAUAACACUAGAUUUAGAUCUGUAGCGUUCAGACUGUGUACAACAGAAUUAGCCACAUUGUAUUAACUUAAGAUAAUAUAGGCUUGAAUAACCUAUAGAAUAUUAUUGUUAUUGCCUACUUUUAGCAGUGCAGUGGAUACCUAGGUCUGUAUUAUUUUGGCGUUAAAUUAACGUUAUUUAUUCAUCCACAUAAACAGUCAGUCCCUUUAGGAACUAUUGCACUACAUAAUAUAAUUAUAUUACAAAAUACUUAUUGGGUAAACACUGGUAAGUUGUUAAAAUCUGAAUUUAAAUAUGUUGUUAUUAUUGUGUGUACAUACUUAUAUAGUUUUAUUCAUUUAAGUAAAUGUGUUUAAAAAAUGUUUGCCGCUGUUUAUAAUGUGUUACUGUGAGUGGAUACAAUUAUUUAAGAUCCACUUAACACCCUGUGUAAAUGAGUUUAACAUUGGUAUGCUGCAAGUUGUAGGUGUGAAAAUGCAUUUGUAAUUGAACUAACGGAUUUAUUGAACCUAAUUCAAAACACAAAGCCUAUUUUGUUUAAGUAAGCAUAAUGUCUCAGUGGAUUGUUUUCUUUAAGGGGCAUGAGACGGGCCUGCCCGCGAAACUCAAAUUUAAUUUGGUUUUUCGCAAUUUGUAAAUUUCGCGGGCAGGCCCGUCGCUUCCACCUACAUUCAUAAUAUAUUUUUUAGUAAAACUGUAUUUUCGUUCUGACUCAGUUGUACACAAUUUUAUUGGUGCAAAAGUUUAUACUUUUAGACCAUUUAAUUUAGUUAAGGGAUUGUGUACAACCGAAUUAGCACCAUUAAAAUUAAAAAAUUAGUUGCAUUUAGACAUUACUUUUUCGAAAAAUAUUACCUAUAGAGAUUGUACGAAACCAGUGGUAGCUAACUGCCGCAAUUUUUACAGUACCUAAUUCAUCAGAACCGUUAUAGCUUAAUCUUUGUUUUACAACUUAUAUUGUGGCUAGUUCUCUUAUACACAUCUAUAAACUAAACUAAAAUGACGGAUCUAAAUCCUAUAUUGCUACUUUUUCCAUAACUAUACUACCUGCGAAAAAGGAUAGCCUAUGAUUAAUUUUUUUUUUUUU